UUCGAGGCGGCAGCCCCGGAAACUAGUAUAAACUUGAGGCCUGCCCAUGUGGGUUGUAGCAUUGUCGGAGCGGAUUUGAAUCGUCAGUGGAAGCAUGGCCGAGAACGAUGUUGACAACGAGCUGUUGGACUAUGAGGAGGACGAGGAGCCGCAGGCAGCCCCGGAGAGCGCAGCCCCCGCAGGGAAGAAGGAGGUGAAAGGCUCCUAUGUCUCCAUCCACAGCUCUGGCUUCCGAGACUUCCUGCUUAAGCCUGAACUGCUGCGUGCCAUCGUGGACUGUGGCUUUGAGCAUCCAUCUGAAGUCCAGCACGAGUGCAUCCCUCAGGCCAUCCUGGGCAUGGACAUCCUGUGCCAGGCCAAGUCUGGCAUGGGCAAGACGGCCGUGUUUGUGCUCGCCACCCUGCAGCAGAUCGAGCCCGUGGAUGGCCAGGUCUCUGUGCUGGUGAUGUGCCAUACGCGAGAGCUGGCCUUCCAGAUCAGCAAGGAGUACGAGCGCUUCUCCAAGUACAUGCCCACGGUGAAGGUGGCCGUGUUUUUUGGUGGGCUGUCUAUCAAAAAGGACGAAGAGGUCCUAAAGAAGAACUGCCCCCAUAUCGUGGUGGGCACCCCAGGCCGCAUCCUCGCCCUUAUCCGAAACAAGACCCUCAACCUCAAGAACGUCAAGCACUUUGUCCUGGAUGAGUGCGACAAGAUGCUGGAGCAGCUGGAUAUGAGGCGUGAUGUUCAGGACAUCUUCAGGCUGACGCCCCACGAGAAACAGUGCAUGAUGUUCAGCGCCACCCUCAGCAAGGAGAUCCGACCGGUCUGCCGCAAGUUUAUGCAGGAUCCCAUGGAGGUGUUUGUGGAUGAUGAGACCAAGCUGACCCUCCACGGUCUACAGCAGUACUAUUGCAAGCUGAAGGACAGUGAGAAGAACCGCAAGCUCUUCGACCUGCUCGAUGUGCUGGAGUUCAACCAGGUGGUGAUCUUUGUGAAGUCGGUGCAGCGGUGUGUGGCGCUGUCCCAGCUGCUUGUGGAGCAGAACUUCCCCGCCAUCGCGAUCCACAGGGGCAUGGCCCAGGAGGAGAGGUUAUCCCGAUACCAGCAGUUCAAGGACUUUCAGAGGCGGAUCCUGGUGGCGACCAAUUUGUUUGGUAGAGGGAUGGACAUCGAACGAGUCAACAUUGUCUUCAACUACGACAUGCCCGAAGACUCCGACACCUACUUGCACAGGGUAGCCCGUGCCGGCAGGUUCGGGACAAAGGGUCUGGCCGUGACCUUCGUCUCUGACGAGAAUGACGCCAAGACCCUUAAUGAAGUGCAGGAUCGGUUUGAGGUCAACGUGGCAGAAUUGCCAGAAGAGAUCGACAUCUCCACCUACAUCGAACAGUCCAGAUAAAUUCUCCGGACCAGCAGAGUCCCCCUCCCCCACCCUACUUUUUAUUUUGUGUUUCGUUUUAAUAUGGAGGGUAGGUGGUGGUGUUGAAGGUGCUAAACCUUUAUUUUAAUGCCCCCCCAAACCCCUGAUCAUUACUCUGGCAAAUGUAACUUGUUUAUUGUAUUGCUGGGGGUGUCCAGCUUUUAAUUUUCUUUAAUUGUGGUUUUUUUGUUUUUGUUUUGUUUUUUUGGUUAAAGAAAUUAAAACUUUUUAUACAAUGUCA